GUUAAUUGGAGAAGAAGAAAGGUCUCCUCUUUAUUCUUAGCUUCAGCUCUCUCUCUCCGUUAUUGAACGAAGCAAAAAAAAAAAAAAAGCUCUAGCUCUCUCUUUCCCGUCGUCUUCUACUUUCGUUUCCGAUUCGAGCAGAGUUCGUCGUGUCCAGAAAAAAAAAUGUCGGAAGUUCCGCCAAAGGGUGGGUUCAGCUUCGAUCUGUGCAAGCGAAACGAUAUGCUUAUACAAAAGGGUCUUAAAGCUCCCUCCUUUUUGAAGACCGGAACCACCAUCGUCGGUUUGAUCUUCAAGGACGGUGUGAUACUAGGUGCGGAUACCCGAGCAACUGAAGGGCCUAUUGUUGCUGAUAAGAAUUGUGAGAAAAUUCACUACAUGGCUCCUAACAUUUAUUGCUGUGGUGCUGGAACCGCUGCUGACACUGAAGCUGUCACUGAUAUGGUCAGCUCACAGCUGCGGUUGCAUCGUUACCAGACUGGCCGAGACUCUCGGGUUAUCACUGCUUUGACCCUUCUCAAAAAACACCUUUUCAGCUAUCAAGGUCAUGUCUCAGCUGCUCUUGUCCUUGGUGGAGUUGACAUCACUGGUCCUCAUCUUCAUACUAUAUACCCACACGGUUCAACGGACACUCUACCAUUCGCUACAAUGGGUUCUGGGUCUCUUGCUGCUAUGUCUGUGUUUGAGGCAAAGUACAAAGAAGGUCUAACCAGGGAUGAAGGAAUUAAGCUGGUCGCUGAGGCCAUUUGCUCUGGUAUAUUCAACGACCUGGGUAGUGGUAGCAACGUGGACAUCUGCGUUAUCACUAAGGGGAACAAGGAAUAUCUGAGGAACUACAUGGAACCAAACCCAAGAACCUAUGUCAGCAGCAAAGGCUAUUCGUUCACCAAGAAAACCGAGGUUCUUCGCACCAAGAUCACCCCAUUGAUGGAGCGAGUUGAAAUUACAGAAGUGGGUGAAGCUAUGGAAGAGUAAAUGAAGAAGCGUAGUGUGCGUGAGAGACAUAUCAGUCUUGUCUUUUUUUUUUUUUGAUCAAACAUAUCAGUCUUGUCUUUCUUUACCAAUGAAAUGUUUUUAAGGAUCAUUCCAAAUCUUGUGGCUCUGUCCCCAUCUUUUUAGGAUUCCACUCUCAUGAGACUCCGAAAUUUUCUUAAAAGCUAAUUACAUUUCCAAACCGAA